AUGUCCUUAUUCCGGAGCCUUCAAUGGGGCUGCUCAGUUCGUAGUCCGCUCAUUUCACACAACGUCCGUCGCCCACAAGUAGCGUUUUGUUCCAUCCUCGCCAAACCGGCAGCUGCCAUCCACACUGUGACGUUUCGACUCAUUGAAUACCGCCAAUCGGCAUGCUUCCCCUCAACAAACCCACCAACUUUCCAAAGCAUCACAAGUCGACUCGGCGCCCGACAGUUCUCUAACAAUAGCAACCCAUUUCGAACGGUCGUACACUUUACGUUCGCCUCUUUCAAACGCACCACUCUCCUUACCAAAAGCGUCCGCCUUGCAAAGCCCGCCACGCCGUUGUCUGUAUCUCCCGCAACAACUACGCACACUCGAGGCGUCAGAUCAAACUGGUAUCAACCCGCAAACACAGGGUUUGGGAGCACCUGGGGCCGGGCGUCGUAUGGGCGAGGCAAGGACCCGUUUUCGGGGGAGACGGUGCUAUAUGGGAUUAUCAGUGUCAACGUUGUGGUGUUUCUGAUGUGGAUGUACGCUAACGCAAACUCGAAGCAGUAUGGCGACCAUAAAUGGUUGAAAUUCAUGCGGGAGAACUUCUUGCUGAAUGCGCACAACUGUAUCGAUCUGGGGAGAUGGUGGACAAUGUUGACUUGCGCUUUCAGUCAUAGCAAUCUCAUGCACAUCCUGCUCAACAUGUUUGUGUUGUACAACUUUGCUCCAUCCGUAAUCGAAAUAGUCGGCCCCCGCAACUUCCUCGGCCUCUACCUCCUCUCCGGUCUCGCCGCCUCCGUCGGCUCGCUAAUCAACCAAGUCAACACCGCUCGACAACGCGGACCACCCACCUACUCCCUCGGCGCCAGCGGCUGCGUCACCGGUGUGACGCUCCUCUUCGCAUUGACGUAUCCGCGCGCCAGCGUCUAUCUUUUCGGGUUGGUCCCCGUCCCCGCGAUCAUUGCGCUUGGUGGGUUUGUGGCGUAUGAUGCGUAUAAAAGUUAUACGGGGACCAGUGGGGGAACGGAUACGGCGGGGCAUUUAGGGGGUGCGGCAAUGGGUGCGGCUUAUUGGUGGUUCUUGGUUCGUAGAGGCAGGUUUUAG